AUGAAGUUCUCUCCUCUCUUUCUUGUUCCCUUUGCCCACGCUGCGCUUGCUGGAACGUUCGGCCUCUCGGAUAGCUACGAGGGCGAGGAUUUCAUUAACGACUGGAAUUUUGAAGCCAUCGACGAUCCCAAUCACGGCACUGUUAACUAUGUCAGCAAGUCGACAGCCAUCUCCCAAGGCCUUGUCUUCGCGUCGGGCAGCAACUUCACGCUUCGAGCAGACGACACAAACGUUGUCAGCUCGAGCUCAUCGGGGAGGAACUCUGUCCGCAUCCAGUCACCGCAUACCUACAACUCGCAUGUUACUGUAGUCAAUCUCGCGCACAUGCCCAAGGGAUGUGGUACAUGGCCCGCGAUCUGGGAGGUUGGCCCGUCAUGGCCGUUCGACGGAGAAGUCGACAUCGUGGAAGGCUCGAACGAUAUCGUGAGUGCAUCUCCUCGGCUUGUGUGUGGCGCCGCGGGGUCUAUUGACGACUGA